AUGCGCCCCGACGACAUCAACCCUCGCACCGGCCUGGUGGUGGCUUUGGUCAGCGUCGUCCUGGUGUUCGGCUUCAUGUUCACGGUGUCUGGGAUCAAGGGGGAGACUUUGGGGGACAUCCCUCUGCUGGCCAUCGGGCCGGCCAUCUGCUUGCCGGGCAUCGCCGCCAUCGCCCUGGCGAGGAAAACCGACGGCUGCACUAAGUGGCCCGAUAAGAGGGGGCGCCCGCCUUGCGGUGGCUGCUGCUGCUGCCGCAAGAAGCCCCGAGACAAAGACGUGCUGGAGCUGCUGAGGACCCCGUCGGACCUGGAGUCCGGCAAGGGCAGCUGCGACGAGCUGGCCAAGAAAGCCUAUGGAGCCAAGGACAGGAAGGGGAGCUCCCGAGGAGGAGAGGACGGCCUCUCUACUUGCACGACCAUCACCACCUCCGCCGCCGUCGGGGAGGGCAGGGGCUCUCUGCACAAAGCGGAGCAGGAGGAAAAGCUGAGAUACUUGGAAAACUGCUGCCCGGAGAUGCCUGGGAAUGUCUUGGGGGCCGGAGCCACCCUUUUCAGUGCCUUAGAGGAGGAGAAGCAGCAGCAGCAGCAGCAGGAAGGAUCUCCCGUCUUCGAAGGGGGCCCCGCGCUCCCGGGCGCAGAGGACACCGUUUCCGUGGCCCCUCUGAAUAGCAUCAUCGUCUGUUCCUACAAGGACAGCAGCCCUUACGACAGGUACUGUUGCUAUAUAAACCCCAGCGAGGAAAUCAGCUCGGAUCACGAGACGAUAGUUUGA